UGAUUCGAAACAGAAAGUUGAGCGAAAAUUAAAAAUUCGGUGCUCUCUAAUCUCUAUAUAAAACCCAAACUCAAAAGCAGCCAAGCCAUCCUCUCUCUCUCUCUCUCUGCGUUUUCCAUGGCUACGCAACCUGCGUCCCAAGCCAGCCUCCUCCUCCAGAAGCAGCUCAAAGAUCUCUGCAAACACCCAGUGGAUGGAUUCUCGGCUGGUUUGGUCGUUGAAGAAAACAUCUUUGAAUGGAACGUCACAAUUAUUGGCCCACCCGAUACUCUCUAUGAGGGUGGUUUCUUUAAUGCCGUCAUGAGCUUCCCUGAGGAUUACCCGAACAACCCUCCUACAGUACGGUUUACCUCAGAGAUGUGGCACCCUAAUGUUUACCCUGAUGGGAAGGUUUGUAUUUCAAUUCUUCAUCCCCCUGGUGACGAUCCAAAUGGCUACGAGCUUGCAACUGAGCGCUGGAAUCCAGUCCAUACGGUUGAGAGCAUUGUUUUGAGUAUAAUAUCAAUGCUUUCAAGCCCUAAUGAUGAAUCUCCUGCGAAUGUCGAAGCUGCGAAAGAAUGGAGAGACAACAGGGAUGAGUUCAAGAAGAAAGUAGGCCGCAAUGUCAGAAAGUCACAAGAAAUGUUAUAAGUCAUGCGGCCAGAAACACUUUUAAGUUUUGUUCUGUUUGAGGAACAUGCUGUUUGCAACUAGAUCCUUUCUUGCAUCCAAUGAAUACGUAUGUUGCUGCACCAGUUCAGGGAAAAAGAUUUGGAUAAUUAUAAGGUUGAUAUAUUUUGAUUUUUCUUCAACUCGCGCAGGUGUUGUUGACUCUUGUGAAUGCUUUAUGUGGUUUUUUUUAUU